CUUUCUUCUUGAAAAUAUGGCUGCUUUAAUUAAUAGUAACACUAUAUGGUAAAAUAUAUAUUGAAAUUUUAGAUAAAUUCAAAUGAUAUUUCAAAAUGUGAGAUUUCAAUGAAUAUUAAAUGAACUAAGAUAUUUAUAGGAAAAAUCCAUGUUUCAGAAUUCAUACACUUCAAGUAGCAGGAGCAGGUGUAUCAUGUUUGGACCUGUGCUGCAUCUUCUGGGCAUGGAAAACAUUGGGGACAAUUUGAAGAUUCUUGAAUUUGGACUUGGUAAAGUGAGUUAUUUUCUUGAGUAGUAGGAGUAUUUUCAUGCAGGUCCAUGAGGUGUUGAAACAGAUGGUAUGAAUCCCAUUGGUCCUGUGGAUUACUGUCUACAUUGGAAACAUUCCACAUUUAAUCUACCAUUCCAUAUUUAAUUCCAUAUGUGAUCUAAUUUAGAAAAUGAGUGCAGUAAUCCAUGUAAGCAAGGUGAAGUUGAGAAAUGAAAUGGAUGCAGAGUUUCAGGCACAGUCACUGCAAGUUUACAGUCAGAAGUGCUUUUGUACUAACAUGAAUAUAGCCCUGGGUUUGAAGGGAGUGCUGGAUGUUUGUGACAAUGACACUGGGGCAUGUGCAGGCUGGCUCAACCUGGUCCUAUUAAAUCUGAUGGAAGAAGCAGAUCUGAGAGUCCUGCUUCUCCUUAAGUGUAACAGAACAUAGGUUUCUUUAUUUCUCCAGUUCACUGUAUUUUUUUUGCCUAUGAGUAAAAUGAUAUCUCAAAGGAAAUGCAUUUUCAUCUCCACAGUAUUUUAACUGAUAUGAAUCUGUUGAUUAUAAAAUCUUCAUCUAUGUUUUUUAAAACACUAUAUGAUGAAACUCUCCACUAAAGCUUCUUUUGAGUUAUUAAUUUCUAAAUACCACAUUUAGAUGAAAUACUAAUGGGGUGAGAGUGUGCUUUUUAUAUUUAAAAAUACCUAUUGUAAAUAAUUGAGAUUUUCCUAGGAAUCGUGGAUGCAUCUCAGUAAUCUACCUUUCUCCACCCACCACUGCCUGAUUGUGCUGCUUCACAGGUCACACUCGCAAUUCAUGGCCUUCACUGCUGCACAGUCAUCUCAGUUGUCAGGGAAACCAUAGCAGCACCUGCACAGACACCUUUACAUGUGGGGAGCUUAUGUGGGCCAAUGUGAGCCCAAGGCUGACCCUGGGCAUCCAGCCCCAUUAGGGACAUGUGGACUCUCCCCACAUGGACCAGCCCAGUUCAGGGUCAUCCACUGUGCAGGCUGGGAGGAACCCACAGGUCCUGUCCACCAGGGCAGUGCACUUCCCUGCUGAGUAGGAGAAGGGGAAUUGUGUCAGACUCUGUGCCCAGAUUGUGCAGUCAACAGCCUGAAUCCACCCCAGCCUGACCCUCAUUCACAGGAGGAAACCCUGUGGUUCUCUCAUUCCUCUCAGGACACCUGGCUGACUGCUUAGGUUCCACCUCUGGCUGACGCUGAUUCAUCCUUGUGGGGUUCCCUGGGUGUUUAUGACUUAGAAGGACACAGUAACAUGCAUCUUCACCGUGCACUCCAAAUGCCUUCAAAUGCUAAAAAUGUUCUCUGUCUUGUUUCUAUGUCUUUCUACAUGGCUGAAAACAAAAACUGCUUAUCCAUUUGAAGAGACUAUCAUGAUAUAUAAUAAAACCAUACAAGAAAUUACAUUCUUUUCUCUUUACUAGCAUCUGGUAUAAAAGCCCUUGAAGGAAGGAAGCAUCUCAUGAAAGACUCAAUUCUGGGACACUGCAGAACAAUGCUUGUUGAUCCUGCAAAGGUCAUUUUUUGGGGUCACUUGGCUUCAAUUUUAUAAGACAGUAAGUUCAAAAACCUGCUGCCAGUUUGAUUUCAUUCUCAUAAUUGUGUAUGCAGACACAGGCAUGGUCAGAUUUCCAGAGCUGAGACACAUGUGCUGGGAGCCAGUGGGUUCCAUGUCCUGGGAAGGCUGAUCUGGUCCCAGGGUUAUAAGGUUUCUGCCUGCAGGUGAUUAGGAAGUGUCCCUUUGCAAAGCUCUGGGUCAUUAGGAUAACUUGCCUGGGACAAAAACAGAGGAAGUGAGUUGUUGGCAAAACUACUCAGGAGAGGGCUGGGGAUUUAGCUCAGUGGUCCCACUGCCUGCCCUGCAAGUGCAAGGACCCAAGUUUGAUCCCUGGUACCAAAAAUAAAUAAAUAAAUAAAACUGGAGAAAUGUCUUGUUUUUUAUUACAUUUUCUUUUAAUAUUUACAUUCUUUUAAAAUUCAAUCUUCUAAUUCCUUAUAAUAUUUCUAGUGAACCAAAAUAAAAAAAAUCACUAUAUAAAUGUUAAAAGUUUAUAAAAAUAAUCUGUUUUCAAACAGGAAGUAAAAGAAUCACUAGGGGUCAUGAAAAUGUAUUAAAAUAUGGGUCUAUAAUUGAGAUACUUCCAUUCAUUUACAUAUGUGCACCUUUCAUGUAAGUUUUCUUCUUGAUGUCAUCUGAUUUUGUAAGUAAACAAAAUAUCUGAGUUUGGAAAAAGGGAUUAGAGAAAUAUGUUAUUUUGAUAAAUUUACAGAUUUAUUAUAUUUUGUUAAAAUGUGUUUUCCAUCCUCAGGCAAAUAUGUGGGGUAGAAAAUGCAAGUCAUUUUUAAAAAAAUUUCUUCUUUAUUCAAAAGCUAUGAUAGUUGGAUAGUUGAAUAGUCCAACUAUUGAAAUAAUGAACUGAAAUAACUCCUUAUUUAUAUGUACUGCAUCACUGCAGGCACUCUCAGGAAAAGCCAAGCAAAUGACUGAUGGAAAACUACAAUGAGACCUCUACCAACUUCAUCCUCCUGGGCCUGUUUCCCCCAUCAAGCCUUGGCCUUUUCCUCUUCACUCUCACAGUCCCCACAUUCCUGAUGGCCCUGGCUGGCAAACUGUGCAUGGUCCUGCUCAUCCUCCUGGAUGUGCAGCUCCACACACCCAUGUACUUCCUGCUCAGCCAGCUCUCCCUCACGGACCUCAUUUACAUCUGCACCACUGUGCCCAAGAUGACUUCUGGUUUCCUCUUUGGAAACAAGUCCAUCUCCUUCAUUUAGUGUGAGGUUCAGUGUUUCUUUUUUGCCAUGUUAGCUGGUUCAGAGGGACCUAUUUUGAUGUAUAUGGCCUAUGACCAUUAUAUGGCUAUUUGCUUCCCUCUGCCCUACCCCAUCCACAUGAACAGAAGAGUGUGUGUGCUGAUGAUCCUAGGAUCCUGGGCAAUGUGUGCUGUCAACUCCUGUGCUCACACAGUCUACGUCUUCCAUAUCCCUUACUGCAGGUCCAGGAGCAUCAAUCAUUUCUUCUGCAAUGUCCCAGCCAUGGUGACUCUGGCAUGUUGGGACACCCGUGUCUAUGAGUACACUGUGCUCCUCAGCACUGUCAUCUAUCUCCUGUUCCCUUUCUUGUUCAUCCUGGGCACCUAUGGGAAAGUGCUCCUCACUGUGUACCGCAUGCACUCAUGGGAAAGCAGGAAGAAGGCCUAUGCCACCUGCAGUGCCCACUUCAACAUGCUGACUUUCUAUAUUGCACCCUUUGCUUACACUUAUGUCCACCCAAAGUCCCUCUGGUCUCCAGCAGAAGACAAGGUGGUGGCUAUCUUCUACACCAUCCUCACCCCAGUGCUCAACCCUGUGAUCUACAGCCUGAGGAACAAGGAGGUGCUGGGGGUCCUGGGAAGAGUAACUCAGAGAAUCUGUUCUGGGAAAAGCUAGGCAAACUUGUGCCCUGAUGGGUUCAUCUGUGUGUCAGCACUAGAAAUAUAUUUAAUGCCUGUGUCUCAUGAAGUGUCAUUAAUCUGUAAGUUUUAAAACAUUUAAAGGCUGGGGAUUUAGCUCAGUGGUUUCACUGCCUGCUGUCCAAGCACAAGGACCUGAGGUCAAUCCCUGGUACCAAAAAAAAAAGUUUUAAGAUUAGGUACAGCAAUUAUAUAUUUUAAGUCAUAAUUUUUAUUUUCAUUUGCUGCUUCUUCUCUAUCAAAAUAAUGAGCCUGUAUCUUUCAUGCAUGUGAAGAGAAUAUUUUGUUAACAUGAAGAAAUGAAAAGGGAAUAUGUAGGAAACUUUCCAGACUUAAGAACACGAGGUGUAAUCAAAAACUUUGUUGAAUUUUUAAAUUAAAAAAAUGUUACAGUAAGAGACAUCUUGGCAUUAAUCCCCCUUAAAAUCUUCCCCUGAUUUGAACACACUUAUCCCAUCUUUUUUGCUGCUUUCUGAAGCAGUUCUGGAAUUGCCCUUUCUUGUCAUUAGUUGGGCUACCAUGGCCCUGUUAUGUCUUGAGUGGAUUAAAACUGUUUACCUUUCCUGGUUAUUUACAUUUUGGAGAAGAGCCUCAGUGUGCAUGGUACCAAAUCUGGAUCCAAAGCCCACUGUCAUGUUUUAUGAGCCCACCUUCCCAUUGCCUGGUACUGGGCAGAAGAAUUCACUGUAUUUUUUAUCAUCCUUACAAGGACACUCAUGUAGGGGACUUUCACUCAAAUGCAGAAACAAUUUGAUAGCUGUAAGUUAACUUUAUCAUGGGUGCUUUCAUUGCAAUAAAUACAGUCAGUCCUAAAGCUUUUCCAUUUGGACCUCUUUUAACAUUUAUAUUCCCAGUUUCUAUCACUGUCCUCCUCCAAGCAUUCAUUAUUUCUUUUAUAGUUCUCUUUUUAGCAAUGGAAGGCAAUUAGAGUUAGGAAUCAGAUACUGUCAGCUAGAGCAAUUAACUGAAACCUGAAAAAAAAUAGUUCCAUUACACUUUAAGCAGAAAAGGGAAUGCUGUAAAAUGCCUCGGGAAUCACUAGGAGGGAGGAGCAUGCAGUCUGGACUUUUAUCCUUUGGGCAAUUUCCAACACACAUCAGAAAAAGGGUAUGAAAGGUGCCACUCCCCCCAGAUUGGGCUGCCCGUGGGCCAUGACAGUGAGACGGGUCCUCAGACAGGCAGCUGGCUGCCUGGUAGCUGGCCUGGAGUGGCCUGUCCACAUUGCAUCCCAGUGCAGAGCCUGACACUGCGCUGUGCUGGACACCCUGGAGGCCAGUGGGGCAGCAGGGCCUUCAGACCCAAGGGCAGUAUGUGGGCUACAGACCCUCUUGUGCAAGGGCUGGCCCCUGUUUUCUGUUUCUGAGGAUCAGUAUGCAGGGGAUACAAGAUGGCUAGCAGUUUGAUUUAGGUGUGAUGGCUGGGUAAAUAAACACAGAAGAUGGAAAAAGUGAACAGAUAGGAUGUCUAUUACCCAGCUGAGGCAAAAAUAAUCUUAUAUCCAUGAUUCAAAGACAUUGGGAACUGAAGCCUGUGCAAGCAGAGUGGAGCAAAAGGGCUCCUGUGAGCAGCAGUCUGGGAAGCCAGUGGGAGCCCUGUGCCCCAGUGUCCUGGGUGGCAUGUCCUGGGCUGUGCAGCUCUGCAGGAGUGAGCGGGCCUGGAUGCCAGCUGGGCUCCAUCUGCUGCACCUGGGCAUCUGGAAAAGGCUACCUUGAUGAAACAGUGCCAUUCACUCCUGAGGCUGGAGCUUGGAGGUGGCACAGCUGGCUGAUGGCAGGUGACCUGGCACACAAGGUUCUGCUGAGACCUGGGAACCAUUUCUGACUGGAAGGCCCAGGCCUGAUGUCAGCCUGUGGAGUGGGAAAAACGAAGACCCUCCCAGUGGAGCCCAGGCUGCGUCUUCCUGUGCCGCGAGCCAUGCUCGAUCUGCGGAGCCCAAGAUUGCUCUGCGGAGCAUGUUCGCCCCUACCUUUAGCAAGUGUGCACCCUAGUUACCUUCUCACUUCUUUUGACUGAUUCUGUGUUAAGACAGGAAGAACCUAGAAAGCACCACUGAAAGGAGGCUGCAGCACCCCAAAUCUGGGUAAGAUUCUCUUCUUCCAAUUUUUAAAUGGACUCUCUUUCAGAUGAAAAGGAAAAACACUAGCCAGCCUUGGCAAUACAGGCCCCUUGCCGCCCAUGCUGGAUACACUGAGGCAGGACUUGCACAAGUUCCAGCCUACCUGGGUGACCUUAAAGAGCCUGCAUCAACAAAAUUUUAAAAGUCCUGGAGAUGUACCUCAGCUGGAGCAUGCUCACCUAACGUAGGCAAGGUACUGGGUUCAGUGCUCAGAAUUAUAAAAAGAAAAAUAAAUACUACAUGAUAUCACUCAUAUUUUUGAUAUAAAAUGAAUUACAUCAAAACAGAUAUAACAUGGUGAUUAUCAGAAUUUCUGAUUGGGAGGAAGUGGAGAGAAAUAUGCCAAGUCCUACAACUUUUCAUUACAAAGGGUCCAGAAGCUGAGAAACCUCAUGCACACUUGUAAAAUUAAAACGAGCACUGUUGUAUUGCAUACUACAUUUUAGAAAAAGUAAAUUUUAGUUGCUCGUAUUGCACACCCUGAUAGAGGAAUAUGGAAGAUGCUCUGUAGUAGAUCUGCUUACUAUAAUAAUCAAUUCCUUGCAUAUAGGUAAACAUCAUAAGUUUACAUCUUACAUAAAAAUAAAGAGUAAAUAAAUCAAUUGGUGCCAGGUUGAAAUUGUGUCUGCAGUUUUCUACUUAAAAGAUAGUGGUGCUAUCACUUCCCUUGAUGUGAUAUGAGUUUCUCUGAGCUGACCAAGCACUAUGUCUGUGGUUUCCCACUGUGGUUUCAGCUCUCUACCUCACACUUCCUGUUCUCUUUAUGCAAAAGGCAAGGAAUUCCCUGAGCAAGUUGUCAGGAUCCACACUUCAUAGCAUUAGGUAUGAAACCGCUGAUUCUCUAGCCCAGCGACAGCAAAGCCUUUAAAGACUGAGUGCCCAAACUGCAACCCCACAUCCACUCAUUCAUGGCAAAGUGCCAACACUGCCAUUCAACCUCAAUAUUGAAGUUUUCAUUUAGAAAAAAACCAAUUCAUACAUUAACAUAUUUUGUCUUAACAGAAAAACACAAUAACAUGCAUGCCAUGGGUUCAGCACCACAAUGAACAGGUGAAUGGAGAAAGAAAAUAGUGUAUUUAUACACAAUGAAGUACCACUCUGUGAUAAGCAAGAAGAAACGUGGGUCACUGGUAAGACAAUGGAAACACCUUGAGACUCUAAUAUUAAUGAAGUAAGUCAGACACACAGGCUUAAAUAUCACAUAGUUUCUCUCCUAUUAGAAAUCCAAUGUAAUGAAUAAAAUAGGAAAAGGAAAUAUUUUUAAAAGAGAGUUAGAUCUUUUGUAAAUGGAAUGAAAAUCAAGACAUGGAAGUGGAAGCAGAAGGGGACACAAAAAGGAUUAUGAUUUGUUAUGUACAUGUAUCAGCUUUCCACUAGUAAUGUAAGCAUGUAGUGCAAGCAUGUACUGAUAAAAAUAAAAAAUUCAUCAGCUUUUCAAGUCUAAAACUAUUGGAAAAUCUGUGCCUCUUGACAUCGUGAAUUUUUUU